AUCCUCAAGUGGGGGAGCCGCGGGAAGGAGAGAAGAAGGGAGAAGAGGGUGUGCGUCGUCCCGCUCGACCUCCUCGGGCCAACACCUCCUCCGGACGGGCCGGGAUCGAACCCAGCCGAAGUAGACCCGCUGCUCGGAGCCAUGACCGCGGAGAAGGCGCUCCCCAUCGGCAACGGCAAAGCGGAGGAGGCCCGGGACCCCGAGGCCUCCAGCACCAGCCUGGUCCCCGGCGGCGACAAGGCGGUGCACGAGCGGGGCCACUGGAACAACAAGGUGGAGUUCGUGCUGAGCGUGGCCGGAGAGAUCAUCGGGUUGGGCAACGUGUGGCGCUUCCCCUACCUGUGCUACAAGAAUGGAGGAGGUGCUUUCCUAAUUCCAUAUGUGGUUUUCUUCAUCUGCUGUGGAAUACCUGUAUUCUUCUUGGAGACUGCCUUGGGACAGUUUACUAGUGAAGGUGGCAUUACAUGCUGGAGGAAAAUCUGUCCUUUAUUUGAAGGCAUUGGAUAUGCAACACAAGUCAUCGAGGCCCAUUUAAAUGUCUACUACAUCAUCAUCCUGGCAUGGGCCGUCUUCUACUUGUGUAACUGCUUCACCACUGAACUCCCGUGGGCCUCCUGUGGGCAUGAGUGGAACACAGAAAACUGUGUGGAAUUUCAGAAGCUGAACAUGAGCAACUGCAGCCAGCUCUCCUUGCAGAACGCCACCUCCCCAGUCAUGGAAUUUUGGGAGCGCAGGGUGUUGGCCAUCUCCGACGGCAUUGAGGACAUCGGGAACCUCCGCUGGGAGCUGGCUCUGUGUCUUCUUGCGGCCUGGACCAUCUGCUACUUCUGCAUCUGGAAGGGGACCAAGUCUACCGGCAAGGUGGUGUAUGUCACAGCCACGUUCCCAUACAUCAUGCUUUUAAUUCUGUUGAUCCGAGGAGUAACGUUGCCUGGGGCUUCUGAAGGAAUCAAGUUCUACCUAUAUCCAGACCUCUCUCGACUCUCUGACCCACAGGUCUGGGUGGAUGCUGGGACUCAGAUAUUUUUCUCCUAUGCUAUCUGUUUGGGUUGCCUGACGGCUUUGGGAAGUUACAACAAUUACAAUAACAACUGUUACAGAGACUGCAUCAUGCUCUGUUGUCUGAACAGCGGCACCAGCUUUGUGGCCGGAUUUGCCAUCUUUUCGGUGCUUGGCUUCAUGGCAUAUGAGCAGGGGGUGCCCAUCGCCGAGGUGGCUGAGUCAGGACCAGGUUUGGCCUUCAUUGCCUACCCCAAAGCUGUUACCAUGAUGCCUCUCUCCCCUUUGUGGGCAGCAUUGUUCUUCAUGAUGCUGAUAUUCUUGGGAUUGGAUAGCCAGUUUGUGUGCGUGGAAAGUCUUGUGACGGCAGUGGUGGAUAUGUACCCCAAGAUUUUCCGAAGGGGAUACAGACGGGAGCUGCUCAUCCUGGCUCUGUCUAUCGUCUCAUAUUUCCUGGGCCUAAUAAUGUUAACGGAGGGUGGCAUGUACAUCUUCCAGCUGUUUGACUCCUAUGCUGCCAGUGGGAUGUGCCUUCUCUUUGUUGCUAUAUUUGAAUGUGUCUGCAUAGGCUGGGUGUAUGGAAGCAAUCGCUUUUACGACAACAUUGAAGACAUGAUUGGCUACAGGCCGCUAUGGUUAAUUAAGUGGUGCUGGAAGCUCGUGACUCCUGGCAUCUGUGCUGGGAUCUUCAUCUUCUUCCUGGUGAAAUAUAAGCCCCUCAAGUACAACAACGUGUACACCUACCCCAACUGGGGCUAUGGCAUUGGCUGGAUGAUGGCCCUCUCCUCCAUGGUGUGCAUCCCACUGUGGAUCUUCAUCAAGAUGUGGCAGAUAGAGGGGACCGUCCUUGAGAAAUUCAGGAAGUUGAUCAUUCCCAGCCCCGACCUGAAAAUGAGAGGGAAGCUUGGGGGCGGCCCCCGGACGGCAACAGUAAAUGACUGUGACACCAAACUCAAAGGGGAUGGAAACAUUUCGGCCAUCACAGAAAAGGAGACGCAUUUCUGAAAACUCCCUUUCCCCUUUCUGUUUUGUAUAAAUGAAUUGAUGAAGUACUUCACUUAAUUAUAGGAGCUUGCUUGUUUUGCACAAAAAUGGAUUAUUAACCAGUUAAUUUUGAGGUGAACAUUGUAUACCUGUUUAAAAGUGAUUUUUUUUUAAUUAUUCGAUAAGUAACAACGAUCAGAAGAUAUUGUACGGUAUUGCUAGUCACGACUUCUUGUCAUCUGGUGAAUUCAGUUGAUGUUGUCUAGACAUUAGAAAGACGUGUAUAAUGUGCUGUCAAACUUUUAUAUUUGGGGUUCUGGAAGGCGUGGUGUUGUAUAGGUAGAUCAUUAUGCUUCUAACCUGCAAGCAUUUCAGCAGAUGGUACGGACCAUUUCCACUCGGAAUGUAUGUAUAUAAAAAGGGAGAGCUCGUGGCUCUUCCCUGCUCUUCUUUCGGUGGGCAUUUGGGACGCUAACUCUGGAGCUAGUUCCCGGGGAGAGGAGCAAGAGCAAUUCCCAGAAUCCGACCUUCCUUCCUCCAUCUCCCGGAGCAGCUUGCAGCCAGAGGCAAUAGAAAGAUCUGGUUGCUGCCGAGUUGCUCCCUCAGGUGAUUGGUUGCUAAAAAGCUGAAGAGACAUGAUUUUUCAGAGCCCUGAAUGUUGUCCCUGAACAUAGGAAGGUAGGGCCCAAUCAACAUAUGCUUCAGUCCCACAAGUCCAUCACUCCCCAGCGGCCCAGCCCACCUGCUCUGGCUGGCCUCCCCGAGAUUUGUCCUACUCAGGGGGGCAUCUCUCCUCGGCCCACUUGGGAAGCAUGUCAACUUGUGGUGGUUAAAAUAAAAAUCGGAUGGGAAGAGUCACUUUGGGGGACAGUGGUAAUUGUGG